AUGGGAAUUGAGUUCCGAGAGAGUUCACUGACUAUUGGGCCCAAGACUCUUGCGGUAGCACGAAAAGGGCAAGUUUAUAACCUCAAUGUUGGACUGUCAAACUUGGUCAACAAGGAGGCAUCUGAUAAGGAGGGCAAGGUCUACGCCCUUUUCAUCGGUGACACAGUCCUCGUCAACGAAGGCCAACCCGCAACGCUGAUGACUCAGAGCAAGAAGAAGCUGAAGAACGUCGCCAUGUUCGUGAAGCAGGAUAACGACGAGGAAGAGGAUGAGAAGGAGAACGAACCAAAGCCCGAGCCCUUGACAGGACGGGGUCGCCGGACGGCUGUGCUGGAGUCCAAACUUAGGACGGAUUCAUCGUCAGAAGAGAAGCGGAAGCAGCACCAGAAGGAGUUGGCUGCGCAGCUGAACGAGAUUGCGCGACAGAGGUUGGCUGCUCAGUCCGGCGGUGGGAAGGAGGCGAAGGUGCGCCGCUCUAAUGUCAGCUACAAGAGUCGCAAUCAGAUGCCCAACGAACCCGAAGUCAAGCAGCUAAAGAUAUUUGUUGACAAAAAGUACGAGACCGUUAUACUACCUGUGUUCGGGAUUCCGGUUCCAUUCCACAUCUCUACAAUCAAGAACAUCUCCCAGAGUGUAGAGGGAGACUACACCUAUCUGCGUAUCAACUUCUUCCACCCCGGAGCCACCAUGGCGAGGAACGAGGGCUCUGUCUUCGCCACCCCUGACGCUACCUUCGUUAAGGAAGUCACAUAUCGCAGUUCCAACACCAAGGAACCCGGCGAGGUGACUGCUCCCUCCUCCAAUCUCAACAUGGCAUUCCGGCUGAUCAAAGAGGUCCAGAAGAAGUUCAAGUCGAGGGAGGCCGAGGAGAAGGAGAAAGAGGAUCUCGUGCAGCAGGAUACCCUCAUCAUGUCCAACAACAAGAGCAAUCCCAAGCUGAAGGACCUCUACCUGCGCCCGAACAUCGUCGCCAAGCGGAUGACAGGUACACUGGAGGCUCACAGCAACGGGUUCCGUUACACCUCGGUGCGCGGGGACAAGGUGGACAUACUGUACAACAACAUCAAGAACGCCUUCUUCCAGCCGUGCGACUCCGAGAUGAUCAUCCUUCUCCAUUUCCAUCUCAAGCACGCGAUAAUGUUCGGCAAGAAGAAGCAUGUAGACGUGCAGUUCUACACAGAGGUGGGAGAGAUCACAACGGACUUGGGGAAGCACCAGCACAUGCACGACCGAGACGAUCUGGCCGCGGAGCAGAGCGAACGUGAGCUGCGAAACAAGCUCAAGCAGGCCUUCAAGAGCUUCACAGAGAAGGUGGAAACGAUGACGAAGCAAGAGAUCGAGUUCGACACGCCCUUCAGAGACCUCGGGUUCCAAGGUGCGCCCUUCCGUAGUACAGUGCUGCUCCAGCCCACCAGUGGCUGCCUCGUCAACCUGACGGAAUGGCCCCCUUUUGUUAUCACACUGGAAGACAUUGAGUUGGUCCACUUUGAGCGAGUCCAGUUUCACCUCAAGAACUUCGACAUGAUUUUUGUAUUCAAGGACUACCACAGGAAAGUGGCCAUGGUCAACGCCAUCCCCAUGAACAUGCUGGAUCACGUCAAGGAAUGGCUCAACUCCUGCGACAUCCGCUACUCCGAGGGUAUUCAAUCACUGAACUGGACAAAGAUUAUGAAGACCAUCACAGACGACCCCGAAGGCUUCUUCGAGAGUGGUGGCUGGACCUUCCUUGACCCUGAGAGUGAUGAUGAGGAGAAUCAGGAGGAUGAGGAGGAGGAGGAAGACGAGGCAUACGAGCCAACCGAUAUUGAAUCUGAAGAAGAAUCGGAUGAUGACUCGGAGUACUCUGAAGCUUCAGAAGACAGCGGGGACACAGAAGACGUGGGCAGUUCGGACGAGUCCGGCAAGGAUUGGUCGGAUCUGGAGAGGGAAGCAGAGGAAGAGGACAGAGAGAGACAGGACAACUUCCAAGAUGAGUACACCAGCAGCAAGGGUAAAAAGAGAGGACACGGCAAGGACCAUUCUCCCGACAAGAAACACAAGUCAGACAGGCACCAUUCCUCAUCUUCAUCAUCUAAACACAAAAGUAGUUCCUCCGGCCACAAAGAUUCACACAAAAGCAAAUCUUCACACCACAGCAGUUCAUCGAGCAAGGACAGGCACCACGACAGGCACAAGUCCUCGUCCUCGUCGAAGAGCCCGAGUAAACACAGUUCUUCAGGAGAUAAACACAAGAGCUCCAGCUCUCACGGCAAGAGUUCCAGCUCUCACAACAAGAGCUCCAGCUCUCACAGCAAGAGCUCUAGCUCACACAAGAGCUCAAGUUCACACAAGACGCCUGACAAGCACAAAAGCUCCAGUUCCAGUGACAAGAAACGUUCCAGGGAGGACUCGAGUCCUGACAAGAGCCACAAGAAGUCCAAGAAGUAAGUAAACGCCACGAAGAACAUUCUCCCAGUGUUGUGAUGAAAUUGAACAAUGUUUCUCGAGAAGGCACUGCUUAUGUACAUUUCACUACUGAAGCCUGACUAGGACCCUAAGUUAUUUUGUAUUCUCUAGCAUAUUCAUUUCCAAUCUCUCAGAGCGAUCGUUACAACUCCGGUGCAGUGAAAGUAUAGUGUACAAGAAUUUGUGAAAUUCCAGUGUAUAAGUGUACAGUGUUGUGUUUUUGUUUACCCUCGGACGAUAAACUAUCUGUUUCUUUGUUGUGGUUACAUAGAGAACGUAAAUCACGUCUGAGAGCGACUUUUAUUGUUUGUUCUCGACAGAAAUGUCUGGAACAGUUGAUCUGUUCUGCUACAAGUAUUGGCUAUAUUGUUGUGGGUUCUCAAAUAAAACUCAACUUCUACCCGUGUUUAGACCUCUUUAGUGUUUUAAUGUUGAAACAUUCCUCUGCUAAUUGUCUACAGUACUCUGCCACCUGUACUGGAGGAAGUACAUGAUCUACUAAAGUAUAGUCUAAUUGUUUUAAAGAGUUUACAAUGAACGAUGUAUAUACACUGUACUGUGUUGGCAAUGGUGCAAUGUACGGCCAAACAUUUGUAAAUUUAAUUACUGUAUUAAAAUUGAAAAAUGAUUUAUAAUUGCACAAUUUGUUUUAAAUUUUGAAAUUGCACAUUUCUAACCUACUCAGCUCUACGAUAAAUGAUAAUGUUUUGAAAGUGACCUUAAUUCCACUGUAAAAAUACAAGAAAGACCUUUUAUAUAUCUGAAAAGUGUUAUACAUAUGCAUAGUGUUAACAGUCUUGAUGGGUUCAACACUGAAGUUUUUAUUUUAUAAACAAUAGUUUCAACUUUUAGUUAGUUAUUAAUUUAAUAGCAAAUAAACUGAGAGCGAUAUUAAUUAUACUGAUUUACUAUAAAAAAAAUAUUGUAUACUAUUUUUAACAGUAGCCAGGGUAGAACUACUAUAUACUGUAUAUACACAAUGAGUUUAUAAAGUAUCCUAUAGCAAUUUCUAAUACUAAAGUAUACAUGGAUACUGUUAAUAGGUCACUGAUGUAUCCUGAAAAUAAAAACGCCAUUUUAAAACUGAUCCAGACUUGAAUUUGCUUGAGGCUCAGUUGGCAACAGUUGGAUUUACCAGAUCUUGUUCACUGUACACCUUGUGCAUGUAACCAUUUAUGUGUACAUUAUGCUCUCAGUUCACUUACUGUAAGGAUACCUCUGUCUGUUAUAAGUUAACCGAUGAUUAGUUGUAUCGUAAUACACAGUUUUUUUUACAGA